AUGGGUCGUUUAUUCUGGUUUUAUGUUGUCUGCAUUCUCUCCAUUCCCAUGUUCACUUACGAGAUUAUCAACACCUUUGUGGAUGAGAACUAUCGCAACUUUCAGUUCUUUACUGUCAUUACCAACUUUCUAACAUGGUUGUAUUUCAUUAUGAAGGGAAUAUAUGUACUUUACAAGUAUUGUAAACAAGAUAAGAAGAAGAACAAUCUUGGGGAUGAUCAGAGUGCUAUUUUGCUAUGUCCCACUGACAAGAUGGGUAUUUUUUUAGAUGGCUAUAGUAUUUUCACAACAAUCAACAUGCUCCUUGUCUGCGCUGUAUUCUGGGCAAUGCUAGCUGCAACAACCACGUGGGGAUGGACGUGGAAAUCGGUUUUCAGUGUGUUUGACCACUUGGUUGUUCCAGUUACCAAAUUGAUCGAUUUUAUCUUCUUUUCUCCCCUGAAUACGAGUAAUAAGGUGAUAUACACAAGUUGCAUACUUUAUCCUCUUCUCUACUACAUUGAAGCCACAUUGUAUGGUAUAUUUAGCAGUUCGCACUGGUAUCCUUACUGGUUUAUGAACCCGUCUAGGAUUAGCUAUCUUGAAAUUGUCCUUUAUUUCUUGGGGUUGUUGGUAGUUUUUCUUCUUGUUAUUUUUGCUUUUACGAAGAUUAUUAGUGUUAUAAAGAAGAAGAGAGCUAUUCUCCCUUUUUUGAGAUACCUCCUUGUUUUUAAGAGUCAUUCUACAAGAAAUACCAGAUUCGAAGAAUAA